GUUCGCUUUAGUCCUCUAGAUUUCUCGCAUUAGGAUCCGCUCCACCUAACGGGAAGCAACGACGGCAGCUUUAGCUUUCAUUGGGGAAAAAAGGGUGAAAGGCGAGACGAAAACGUAAAAAAAUUGUCUUCGCCUCUCUGCCUCCAGCCAAAAUGAUCCACAGCCUAUUCCUAGUAAACGCUUCAGGGGACAUUUUCCUGGAGAAGCACUGGAAGAGCGUGGUCAGCCGCUCUGUGUGUGAUUACUUCUUUGAGGCGCAGGAGCGUGCCACAGAGCCAGAGAACGUCCCACCAGUGAUCCCCACACCACACCACUACCUUAUCAGCGUGCUCAGGCAUCGCAUCUACUUUGUAGCAGUCAUCCAGAGCGAGGUGCCGCCGCUUUUUGUCAUCGAGUUUCUGCACAGAGUUGUCGACACAUUCCAGGACUAUUUUGGAGUGUGUACAGAGGCUGCCAUCAAGGAUAAUGUGGUAGUAGUCUAUGAACUACUGGAGGAGAUGCUGGACAAUGGCUUUCCGCUGGCCACAGAGUCCAACAUCCUCAAAGAGCUCAUUAAGCCCCCCACCAUACUCCGCACAAUGGUCAACACCAUCACAGGCAGCACCAAUGUAGGUGAACAGCUCCCUACAGGCCAGCUGUCAGUGGUGCCAUGGCGACGCACUGGGGUCAAAUAUACAAACAAUGAAGCUUAUUUUGAUGUGGUGGAGGAGAUUGAUGCUAUCAUUGAUAAAUCAGGCUCCACUAUUACAGCCGAAAUCCAGGGAGUUAUUGAUGCCUGUGUGAAAUUGACAGGCAUGCCUGACCUCACUUUAUCAUUCAUGAAUCCUCGGCUGCUGGAUGAUGUCAGUUUCCACCCAUGUGUUCGGUUCAAGCGCUGGGAAGCUGAGCGGAUCCUCUCCUUCAUCCCUCCUGAUGGAAACUUCCGGCUGCUCUCCUACCAUGUCAGCUCUCAGAACCUGGUGGCGAUUCCAGUGUAUGUCAAACACAACAUCACCUUCCGCGAGGGGAGCUCUCAGGGACGUUUUGACCUGACCCUGGGCCCCAAACAGACCAUGGGCAAGGCUGUGGAGUCGGUCCUGGUCAGCAGCCAGCUGCCCCGGGGUGUCCUCAAUGCCAACCUCAACCCCUCCCAGGGAACAUACACAUUUGACCCAGUCACAAAGUUGUUGUCAUGGGAUGUUGGUAAGAUCAACCCACAGAAGCUUCCCAGUCUGAAAGGUACCAUGAGCCUACAGGCGGGGGCCUCCAAACCCGAUGAGAACCCCACCAUCAACAUCCAAUUCAAGAUCCAGCAGAUGGCCAUCUCAGGGCUGAAGGUGAAUCGUCUAGACAUGUACGGUGAGAAGUAUAAACCUUUCAAAGGCAUCAAGUACAUGACGAAGGCUGGCAAGUUCCAGGUCCGGACUUAAAGACUACUGCUCUGUGACUACUGGACCAAACCACAGUGAGACUGAGGGGGUGAUGUGAUGGGGGAAGGGGAGUUGGUACAUUCCCUGUGUAUAUGCAUUUCAGGAUUUACCUACAUAUACUGGAGAUACCUUGUAGCAGUUGAAAAGUGGACCAUUUCACAUAGAAACGCCCAGUAAACAGGUUAGAGUUAUGACUGAAUCUGCAGUUUGAACCUGAAUGUCAUAAAACAUUUCCAUCUCCAUCCAAGGUGAACCUGGGCCAAACCAAGCUCAUCCCAAUGUACUGUAUAUUACUACUGAUUUAUACCUUUAACAGCAUUUUCACUGAUAAUUUUAAUCCUGAGCCCAAAUCAAACCCAAGCUGUUACAUGAAGGAGAAGCAGUUUGUGCUACUUUGUGUUAAUUCAGGCUCCAUCAAGUUCAGACACACAUUUCAAGCUCUAACAAACAGGCCACAAUCUGAUGCUGUACUGUUUUAGCUGUAGGUAUCAGCUUUGAAAGUGAUCCAUCCUCAACAGUAUUUCAUUGUCUUUGUUAUGUUUAUCUGGAUACAUGUGUGCAGGUGACUGUUAUUUACACUCCAAACAAGAGAUAUUGGAUACUGGACCAAUAGUGAAUCAAAAUAGAGCUCCCCAGUAAUAAAUUGUGAUAGCAUGGGCUGUACAGUGUGACAGAAAUUCUGUGUUUUGCCAUGUCAAAGGACCUCUGCAAAAUGAAACAAUAGCGUUGUCUUACAGCACAGUAAGACACCAAACUAAUAGUCAAGAAACUAGUGGCAGUUGAUGAGGUGGUUGUGCAGUUUUUUGCUGCAAAUCAGUAGUGGCAGGUAAGCCUCUACUGCUCUAGAAAAACCCAAAUAAUAUCUUUUCUCUUAAAUUUUAAACAGUCAGAGAGCUGCUAUGAUGAUCAUCUGUGUUCCAAAGGCUUCCCAUUGUGAACUGCUGGUGAAAAAUACUAAUGUAUUUCUUCUACUCCUGUCUGAUUCUUUUUCCAACAUUCAUCUGUUUUCUGCUUUUCCUCCCUGUUUGUUGUGUUCUUGUGCUCCUCCUCUUCUCCUCGUUGCAGUAAUUUGAUGGUUUUGGAGUCAGCACACUGAUGUAUGAGAAUGUGAUACUGGAGCUGUCCUUAAUUGUGCACUUUCACAUCUGUUGGCACUAACAUUUCCUUUUAAUGCAAGUGAGAUGAAUGUAGAGUGGCUGAAGCUGUUUAGGCUAUUUCUUACCGUGACAGUUUCCGGGAGAAUUUCAGGUUCAUGUUCACAUCUUUUAUUCAACUUAAAUGAUUAUUUAUUAAACAACAUAAAGGAUUUACAAAAGUAAUGUAAUUGUGUACAGUGUUUCCCAUUCCUGCACUCUAUCACUAAAUUCUUAAAAGUUUAAACUCUACAGAAGCUUGUCAUUUAAUCGAACAGUAUGGGCAGUUUUUCCAGCAGUUUUAGUUUUCAGUAUAUAGAAAUAUGAAAAAGAUUUUUGACCCUGUUUAUUUGGUGCUUAAGUGAUCCAAAUUAUAUUUAAAAAAAAAAAAAAAAAAACUAUUUCUCCAGUAUAUCACAACCCUUACAGUCAGAGAAUCUGUAUGAAUCCUAAUCUCUAUUUCUAUACAUCAUGUAAACAGAACAUUCUGAAUGUCACCAUGGCAACUGGGCUGAUCUUUGCAUAUGCUUUUAAAGGCUGGAGUGAUACAUACAUGCCUCUGGGUCUCUGCUGAAAUCAGCUCACCAUGAAAUUCAUGCCUCUUCAUGUGAUUGGCAGAGAGGUUCAAAGUUGCUACAAACAGAAUAUGGUGUUAACAACUCCAAAUAAAAAGAACAUAUUAAACUGUGUCAUGGUACAAUGGCCAGGUACCUCAGAGGAAAUGUUGACCGUUUGCAUUUUGUGUUUAUGGACUUUUGUUUGUGUGUUUGUUAAACAGCCUCCAAUGGAGUGUUAUGCUGGUGUUAAAAAUAAAGAUUUGAUGUGUUAUAA